CACACAACUGGAGUAAUGCGUUCUUUAGCGGAAGGAGAAUGGUUAAAUGUUUGUUUUGGCAGACGUUGCUACGAACAGCUGUCACCACCACCACCACCACAACCACCACUCAUCAACUACCACACCGCACUAACCACUACCACCAUUACCCAUUACCAUCACCAGGUAACAGCACGCAUAAUGAGGGUCUUCAUUCUGUUAUGUGUGGUGGUGGCGAGUCUGGCGUGGCCCAAUCCCCAGAAGGAGCCCUAUGACCCACUGUACAGGGAGCCACCGCAAUACUACCAGGACGAUCCCAGGUACCCCGUGCCGGCACCUAAGCCUGAGCAAUACCGCCCGCAGCCUCCUAAGUACCAGAAGUAUUCCGCUGAGGAGGAGGACGAGGACUACGACCACGUCAACACCAUCCCAGGUGAGCCCGGCAGGGACUACCCGGUGUUCUCCAUCGUCCCCAGCACCAGCUUCUCCUGCAGCGACAAACUCCCGGGCUUCUACGCUGAUGGGGAGGCCAACUGUCAGGUGUGGCACUACUGCAAGACCGACGGACUGAAGGAGUCUUUCCUCUGCCCCAACGGUACCAUAUACAACCAGGAGAACCGCGUGUGUGAGUGGUGGUUCAACGUGAGCUGCGAUCUGGACUCCCUCACUGUGCAGGCCAGGGUGAACGAGGACCUUUACAUAGUGCCCUCACCGCGGCCCGAGGAUGAGUACACUGCGGGGCCCAGCUAUUCCAGCGAGGGGCGCCACCAGUUCCAGCAGCCCACGCAGACUUACCCAGAUUACUAGCCGUCGCCUGCCAGAGGGGUGCCUUUAGUCCUUAAGUGUAAUUGGUUACUAGAAUAAUAACUGUUAAGUAUAGUAAGUUUUAAUUGUACAUAA